AUGGCACAAAAUGAUAAUGACGAUUCGGAUGUUAGAGUAAAAAGACAAGUUAAUAGACUUAAUAGAGUUCCAGCAAGACCGACUCGAUCGGAAUAUGGUGAUGAUACAUAUAUUCAAGGUUCAGAAUGUAAAGGUUGCGGUCCACGACGUGAUUGCCAAUGUCCUGGAAAGGGUGCUAUGGGUAUUUCUGGUCCACCAGGCUUUCCCGGUAUUCCAGGUGAACGUGGCUUAAAAGGCCCUUCAGGAGGCCCAGGUGCUCAAGGUCUUCAUGGUGAAAAAGGCGAUCGUGGUUUAUACGGUACCAAAGGCGAACGAGGUGAUGAUGGUUUAUUGCCCAUUGAUGGUCAAAAUGGUUUUCCUGGACAACCUGGUGCUAUGGGUCCACGCGGUAUUCCCGGUGUGCCAGGAUGCAAUGGCAGCAAGGGUGAACCUGGUGAACCUGGACGCGUUGUUGUAGAAGGUGGUUCAGGCCUUCCCGGUCCACCUGGUCGAGUUGGUGAACCAGGUGAACCAGGUGAAACAGUAGGCAUUAAUGGUGUCAUACUUGGACCACGCGGUGAUCCAGGCUUUCCUGGUCCUCCAGGUGUUGUUGGCUGGCCAGGCCCUCCAGGUCCUCCCGGUAUGCCAGGUUCAGUGGGGUCUCCAGGACCAGAUGGUCCACCUGGUUUAAGAGGAGAUCCAGGUUUGCCAGGUUCAACUGGUCAACCAAGCUAUGGUAUCAAAGGUGGACGUGGUGAGCCAGGUGACAAUGCUCCUACGUCAGCGAGCACAGUUCCAUAUGGUCGUUUACGAGGUAUUACAAAUGUAGAAGGACCACCAGGCCCACGUGGACCAGAUGGUGAUCGUGGUUAUAAAGGAGAACGUGGUCAACAAGGCUACUAUGGUAUCAAUGGUUUACAAGGACCUAAAGGAGAAAAAGGUGAAUCUGGUUCACCUGGUCCACAAGGUAAAUUUGGUAAAGAAGGUCCACAAGGUUCAUUUGGUGUCAAAGGAACAACAGGACCAGCGGGUCCACCUGGAGCUGAUGGCCUUCCUGGCGAACCUGGUCGAAAUGGAUAUCCUGGUCCGAAAGGACAACGUGGUGACGUUGGUGAACAAGGUCCAAAUACUUAUGGUGCUAGACGAGCUCGACCACUUCCUGGACCACCAGGUUAUCCGGGAAUGACAGGUGAUGCUGGCCCAACUGGAUUAGCAGGAGUUCCUGGUUUACCUGGCCUUGAAGGAAUGAAAGGUGAAAGAGGUGGUUAUGGUUCACCUGGUCGACCUGGUCCUAUGGGAGAUACAGCUGAUGCAGAAAAGGGCGAUCGAGGUUUUGAUGGUCUUCCUGGUCCUCCUGGACUACCGGGUCCUGCUGGUACUCCGGGUGAGAAGGGUGCCAUUGGUGAUAAAGGAUUACCUGGUGAAGACACAUACGGUCCACGUGGAAAUAAUGGUCUUCCGGGUCGUACUGGCUAUCCCGGUUUGGUUGGACCUCCAGGUGAUAGUGGUGAACCAGGUCUACCAGGCCUUCCUGCCGAACCAGGUUUUCAAGGAUAUCAAGGAUAUGGCCCAACUGGUCCACAAGGAUACCCCGGUCGACCAGGUCAACCCGGUACUCCAGGCUAUCCUGGUGUUCCUGGACAAAAGGGUGAUGUCGGUGAAUCUGGCGGUUGUGGAUUUUGUCCACCUGCUGUUGCUGGUCUUCAAGGUGAUCGUGGUAGUGUAGGUUAUCGUGGACGACCUGGUUUGAAUGGUGCACCCGGUUUUCGAGGUGGAAAAGGUGAUACAGGACCUAGUGGCCAAUCUGGAUCUCCUGGUUUACCUGGGCCAGAUGGAAUUCCGGGUCGAAAUGGUUAUCCAGGUAUUCCAGGACGCAAAGGUGAACCUGGCGAAAUGAUCGGUGCUGAUGGUAUUAAAGGCCGUCGAGGAGCAGAUGGUGAACCUGGAGUUAAAGGUUAUCAUGGUGACGUUGGUGAAACUGGUGUCAAUGGACGUGAUGGUUAUGACGGUGCUCCUGGUGCUCCUGGUGCACGAGGUUCUUGGGGUGAUAUUGGACGACCAGGAGCUCAGGGUAUUUCAGGAGCGAAAGGUCCACGAGGUCAACCUGGACCGCCCGGACAAAUAUUUGCAAGUGGACCACGUGGUGACAUAGGUGAACAAGGUCCACCAGGCAAAACUGGACGACCUGGUCUUCCUGGUCUACCUGGUGAUGAUGCACCAAUAUCGGAGGUAGCACCUGGUCCACCCGGUAUGAAAGGUCUUCCUGGAGAUGCUGGUACUUCGGGUCUACCUGGUGCUCCUGGCUUACCUGGACGAGAUGGUUUUCCUGGUGCUAGUGGUAUGCAUGGUCCAAAGGGUGAAGAUGGUCGACCUGGUCUUCCUGGAUUACCAGGAGAACAUGGUGUCAAAGGUUACCCUGGUCUUGAUGGACGACCUGGUCUUGAAGGACGACCUGGCGCUCCUGGAAUGAGUGGACUUCCUGGUGCACCCGGUAUACCAGGCGCCAAAGGUCAACGAGGUGAACCUGCGAUUGCAACAAUUGCUGGACCACAAGGCUAUCCAGGUCCAAAGGGUGUUACUGGUGAACGUGGUGCCCCUGGUUUACCAGGACCACGUGGUUUACCUGGUGGACGUGGUGUACCAGGCAUGCCAGGUGUAAAUGGUCUUCCUGGACAAGCUGGUCUACAAGGACCUAAAGGAGAAAGAGGUGGUACUGCACCCGGUUUAUAUGGUGAUGUCGGUUUUCCUGGUGCUCGUGGUCGAGCUGGUGCUCCCGGACGAGCUGGAGCUCCAGGUGCUCCUGGUGCACCUGGUCUUCGUGGUUUACCUGGUGAUAUGGGUCUUCCUGGUCAUGAUGGUUCACCAGGUUUUCCAGGUCAACCAGGCGAACGUGGUGACCAUGGCGGUCCUGGAUAUCCUGGUUUGAUGGGAAUGAAAGGUCGUCCUGGUAUUCCUGGUGAACGUGGAUUACCUGGCGGUCCUGGUCCAAAUGGUUUUCCAGGUUUACCAGGUCCUAAAGGAUAUCAAGGUGAUGUCGGAGCACCAGGUCUUGACGGUGGUGCUGGUGCACCUGGUCGAAAAGGAGACAUAGGAGAAACUGGUCUACCAGGUAUGCCGGGUCUUAAAGGUCUUCCGGGCGACUCUGGCACAAUUGGUCUUCAAGGACCUCCAGGUGAACCUGGUCUUCCUGGCUUUGCUGGUGCUCCUGGUUUACCUGGUCGUGAUGGACGUCCCGGUUUACCAGGUUUGAAAGGUGAAAUGGGUGAUUGGUUCAAAGGCGUUACUGGUAUACGAGGUGAACCUGGUCUUCCUGGUCUUCCUGGUCUUCCCGGUGCUCCAGGUCUUCGCGGAAUUCCUGGUUCACCUGGUCCUAGCGGACCACGAGGACAACCAGGUCUUGUUGGAUUUCCAGGUUUACCCGGUCUCGCAGGUGCUCCUGGAUUACCUGGACUGAAAGGAAAACCAGGCGACAGUGGCUAUCCGGGAGGUCCUGGACAACCUGGUGAUCGCGGUAUGCCCGGUCGUGCUGGUUCACCUGGUCUUCCUGGUUUUAAAGGAAUGGCUGGAGAACCAGGUCGAGAUGGACAAGCUGUCGCAAUCGGACGAAAAGGAGAACCAGGUGAUGCUGGUGCACCUGGCGCACCAGGACUUAAUGGAGCAGUUGGUGAUGCUGGUAUGUAUGAUAUGAUAUAUCCUGUUUUUUCUAAAUUUUGUAUUUGUCAAUAUUUUAAUUUAGGUCUUCCGGGUGCUCCAGGCCUUUCCGGUGCGCAAGGAUCAGCAGGUCGUGAUGGAUAUCCCGGUGCACGAGGAGAACGAGGCCUAUCUGGCAUUCCAGGCAAACCUGGACGACAGGGUGCACCUGGAUAUCCAGGACCUAAAGGAAAUGCUGGAUUACCUGGACGUCCUGGUAUGAAAGGUCUACCAGGUGAAAGUGGUGGUCGUUCAUUGCCUGGUCUUCGUGGUGAGCCAGGUCGUGAUGGUAUUCCAGGUCGGCCAGGUCUUAAAGGACCACCAGGUGACGUUGGUCGACCAGGUCCACCAGGUCGUGAUGGUGUAGGAUCAGUUGGUAGACGAGGUCCACAGGGAGAUCGUGGUCAAGAUGGUUUACCUGGUCGAGCAGGAGCACCAGGUUUUCCUGGAAGAGAUGGUAAACCAGGCUUAGUUGGUCCACCAGGUCUACCGGGUUCGCUCAGUGCAAGUGGUCUUCCUGGUAUCUCAGGCGCUCCAGGUGCAAAAGGAUUACCGGGUCAACCAGGACCGAUUGGAAAUCCAGGUCUUCCCGGCAGACGAGGCGAAUCAGGCACAAAUGGAGUUCCUGGAUUUCCGGGUGCUAAAGGAGCAAUGGGUGAUGCUGGUUUACCAGGUUCUGAUGGACGUCCAGGUUUACCAGGUCCAAAAGGAGAACCAUCUAUUGCACCGGUUAAUGUACAAGCAGGUCCUAAAGGUGGACGUGGUGAACAAGGAUAUCCUGGUGCUCCUGGACUACCAGGCCAAAUAGGUUAUCCUGGACCGAAAGGCUUGCCAGGUCAAGUAGGUCUUCCAGGACAUUCAGGCAGUCCAGGUUCGUUAGGUUCUCGUGGUCCAGUUGGUGAUAGUGGUUAUCCUGGACCAUCUGGUUUACAUGGUUCACCCGGUUCUCCAGGUACUGUUGGGCUUCCCGGUUAUCCAGGUGACGCUGGUGAUGGCUCAUUCAUAUUUGCACGACACAGCCAAGAUACUACAACUCCACAAUGUCCACAUGGAACAACUAGAUUACAAGAUGGUGGUUAUUCAUUUAUGGGUAUUCAAGGUGAUACAUAUGCCGCCCAUCAAGAUCUUGGUUCUUCGGGUAGUUGUUUACGUCGUUUUAGUGCUAUGCCAUUCUUAUUUUGUGAUAUUGGUAAUUCAUGUCAUUAUGCUUCACGUAAUGAUUAUUCAUAUUGGUUAUCAACAAAUGAACCAAUGUCAGCAAGUAUGUCACCAUUUGAAACACGUGAUAUACCAAGUCAUUUAAGUCGUUGUGUUGUUUGUGAAUCAUCAACACCUGUAUUUGCAAUUCAUAGUCAAUCACAACGUGUACCAACGUGUCCCGAUGGAUAUGAUCUUUUAUGGACUGGUUAUAGUUUUGUAUUUACAUCAGCUGAUGGUGGUCGUGGUGAUCAACAAAGUUUACAAUCACCUGGUUCAUGUCUUGAAAAAUAUCAUGAUCGACCAUAUUUUCAUUGCAAAGAUCAUUCACAUUGCAAUUAUUAUCCAAACAUGAUGACAUUUUAUUUAGCUACAUUAGAUGAUUAUACUGGAUUUGAAAAACCAAAAUUACGUACAUUAAAAGCUGGUACACAACGACAAUAUGUUAGUCGAUGUGCUGUAUGUCAUGCAAAUUUAUUUAAACAAACAGCUGGUGGACCAUCAGGAUUUUUUGCCCAAGUAAAGAAACUUUAA